GCAAUUGUUUGUAUUUUGCUUCGCUGUUUUGUUUUAACAAAAAUAUUAGCAUUUUUCUUUGGCAAUCAACAACAAGUAUAUUGCCAAUUGCUUCAGUACGAAAUCGUUUGCCACACCGUCAAUAAUUUAAACUUUUGUUUAUCGCGUAACGCGAGUGAAUUAAUGUAGUGUUUAUAUUAUUUGCAUAUAUGUGUGUGUGUGUGUAUGUGGACAAAAUAAAAAUACGUGGUUUCCGAUUGUACAAUGUUUGAAAACAUUUUAUUAUCUUAUCUACAUUUUCAGUUUUUGUACAUUUAAGACGGAGGGCGGAAGCAAAAUUUGUUUAGUUUACACAAAGUUAAUUGCUAUUGUGCCAACAAGUGCAUUUAUUGUCGAAUUGGAGAAAGUUUUCAUUAACGGUUUGCAGUUGAAAUCAUACACAUUCGAGGUAUACAACGUAACGCCCACCCACAUUAUUGUAAAACAGCUGAGUUACGAACUAUUUGCCGUUAGAAGAACGCAUGCCGCUGGCGCUACUUUCUUUAGCCCUUGAACUAAUAACCUUGCAAGUAAUAACCUGAUAACGGCAUUUCUUGUUUGAUACAAUUUUAUUGCAACAUGUUGGCUUAUUCGGGGCACAUUAUGACGCUAGCCAAUAGUAUCAUUGGCGUGGGAAUACUGGCCAUGCCAUUUUGUUUCCAAAAGUGCGGCAUUGUGCUCUCUGUUCUCUUGCUCAUCAUCAGCAAUUGGAUAACUCGCAUAUCUUGCCAUUAUCUAAUAAAGUCCUCACUGUUGACACGUCGCAGAAGUUUCGAGUUUUUGGGCUUUCAUGCAUUCGGCUCAUCGGGCAAACUGCUUGCGGAGUUAUGCAUUAUCGGUUAUCUUUUCGGCACCUCAAUCACAUACUUCGUGGUGAUGGGUGAUUUAGGACCGCAAAUCAUUACAAAAAUGUUUUCACUUAACACCGCGGAUUUUCCACAUCUACGCACGUGGGUGAUGAUAGCUGUAACCGUGUUCUGUAUAUUGCCCUUGGCUAUGUUGAAGAAUGUUGAUAGCCUUUCAACAGUAUGUGCUGCAUCGAUUGGAUUUUACGUCUGUUUGGUUAUGAAGAUUGUACUGGAAUCCGAGGCACAUAUUGUAACGCACGAUUGGGUGGAUAAAGUAGAGUAUUGGCGACCUGCAGGUAUUUUGCAAUGCUUACCGAUCUUCAGUAUGGCGCUGUCAUGUCAAAUGCAACUUUUUGAAGUGUUCGAGAGCAUCAAUAACCAAAGCGUGGAAAAGUUGAAUGGAAUUGUACGUAACGCCACUUGGAUUUGCACUUUUGUGUAUAUUGCCGUCGGAUUCUUUGGUUACGUCGCCUUUUGUACUCAAACCUUUUCGGGCAAUAUUUUGAUGAACUUUUCACCCUCCUUCGGCAGUGAUGUAAUAAAAGUUGGAUUUGUGCUUUCGGUUGCAUUCAGUUUUCCGCUCGUCAUAUUCCCCUGCCGUGCCAGUAUUUACUCGCUACUCUAUCGCAAGGGCCACACUGAUAACAGUGGUUAUAUACCAGAGACUCGCUUCAAAGUCAUAACCACCUGUCUGGUGGGUUGUGCACUCUGUAUUGCGCUCAUGAUACCGUCCGUGGAGCUAGUUAUCGGUUUGGUAGGCUCCACAAUUGGCGUAGCCAUUUGCAUAAUGUUUCCGGCAUUUUGUUUUCGGAAAAUCGUGAAAAAAGACUCGACAGAGCGUUCUUUGGCGCAGUUUAUAUUCAUUAGCGGUUUUUGUCUCAUGAUUUUGGGCACAUUUGCCAAUUUGAAUGCCAUCGAUGAACAGCGUUCGGGUGCGCAUUUACACGUAGUCAACGAAUUGGAAAAUACGAAUUUAUUACGACCAACUGAGAAAAUACUCUUAGACUCAGCAUUGAGAGUGGAGAAAACACUUGUUGAUUUGAAGUUAAAAGAUAACAAUUUAGAGCCGGAGGCAAAGAAAAAGUCUGAAUAUUUGUUGAGUGCCACACCUGUGCAAACGAUAUCGCAGCCAGCGGCAGUUGUUAUUGAUAAAAACGCAGAAUUAUCGAAAGCAAAUGUGAAAGCUGAAAAAGCAGAGAAUACAUUGAAUGCAAAGCCACUUAAACCGGAGGCGCCACUUAUAGUUGAGGCGUUAAAGCCAAAAGAUGAAGCUGCGGAACUAGGCGAAAUUAUAAAGCAACCAGUUGCGGAAGAAGCGCCGUCGGAACUUAAGCCGCUGCAGCAGAAUCCGCUACCACAUGAAGCGGUAGCGGCGCAACAACCAAAUAUAGAAACACUACCGAAGCAAGAAGAGCAAAAUGCGCCGGAAAAUCAGCAACCGCAGACAAUAGAUAAAGAUGCUAUCAAGAAGGAUGAGGAAAUUGCCGCUGAAGAGUUGAAAAAUGGACAAAAGUUGGCGAAAAGCAACAAUGAUGUGGAACUCAAAGAAACGCGCAAAGAACUGAAAAAGACCAAAGAACUGUUGGAACGCACUGUGGAUCAGUUGAAGCAUGAACUGGCCAAACAGAAUGAGGAAACGCAGAAUAUGGUAGCUGAGACGUUGGAGAAGGUGGUGCAAAAGGUAGAACAAAUCGAAAAGAAGGUGCAGCAUAAUGCGCCUGCCGAAGCACAAGCACCAGCGCCAGCGCCUGAGCCAGUGCCGGCGAAUAAAGAAGCCAGUGACUCGGCGCCGCAGCAAGCGGCUGUUAAUGCACCGCAAGAACGCAUAGUAGAGCCUAAACUAGAGAGCGAGCCAGCUAAAAUGCCAAACGUGCCAAAUCGUCUGGACGAUAGACCGCCGCUGCUGAGCAUACUUUCGGAGCAGCAGGCAGAUGUGCGCGAACCGCAACGUGUUUAUGAACCGCUAUCUUAUAAAACCGGCGAAGUUUUUGAGCAGGCGAAAAAUGGCAGUCAGUUGGAGACGCGUUUGCCGCUACCUUUAGCCGUUUUAUUCAAUGCCUCGUCGUUGAAAACCAACAACAAGUCAAAUAAUAUACAAACACGGGACGUGGGCGACAAAUAUACAUUAAACGCCACACAACAAACCGCCGAUAAUGCCAACGCCACCAGUAAUCUUAAGACUGAUAAUGCAACACAAGUAAAAGCUAGUGAAGCAGCUUCCGCGGGUGCUGCUCAAACAUCCAGUGACAAGGAGAAGGAAAAUGUGGAGGCGAUACGCCGCGAAAUACUGCAAUUAAAGUCCGAGCAAUUAAAGGAAUUUCCAACGUUUGGUGUAACGGACACUGACAUCGACAUAAUAGCGGCCAAUGCGGAGCACAUAAGGCGCAAGCGUGCGAAUACGCCCAACUUUGCGGAGAUCGAAACGAAAAUGCAAAGCAAGAAUUGUUUAACAACACCCAAGGUUAACCAAAUGCUGGCGCAGAGUGGCAUUAGCAAUGCGAUAAAUUUGAAAUCACAAACUUUUGGACGCGAGUUGCGCUCCGUAAGAGAGGAAAAUGAGGCGCAGCUUUAAAUAAAGUGUGUUUUUGCUGCGCUGAAAGCUCAAGUAUUAACCACUUUGUUGAUUUUUCUAUUUAAUGUAUUUAGAGUUUAUUGCAUUUACUUAGAGAUUUUUGCAUAAAAUGUAAGCUGUUUUGUAUUUCGCAUUUACUCAGCAUAUACAUAAGACCGUGUGUAUAUGUGAACGUACCAAAAGCAUUAUCUGCCAGUAUCAUUCCUACCGAUCGCUGCGUGUUUCACGUAGCCACCCAUAUACUAAGUCGUUACUUAUAAACUGUCGACACAGCUAUCUACCUAUUCCUAAAUGUAUAUACUAUAUAUAGUGCGUAUGUGUGUCUAUGCAUGUUGACAAGACUAAAUACAAUAAAUAUUUAUUUAUUUAAACUUUCCUGAAAUUUA